AUGGGAGAAGAGAAUCAAACAUCUGUGACUGAAUUUAUUUUCUUGGGCCUUUCCCAGGAUCCACAGACCCAAGUCUUGCUCUUCUUCCUGUUUCUGAUCAUCUACCUGCUGACUGUGCUGGGAAACCUGCUCAUCAUUGUGCUUAUUCACAUAGACUCCAGACUCCACACACCCAUGUACUUUUUCCUUAGAAACUUGUCAUUUGCUGAUCUCUGCUUUUCUACUACCACAGUUCCCCAGGUGCUAGUCCAUUUCCUGGUAAAGAGGAAAACCAUUUCUUUUGCUGGAUGCUCAAUGCAGAUAGUUGUUUUACUUUUAGUUGGUUGUACAGAGUGUGCGCUGCUGGCGGUGAUGUCUUAUGACCGCUAUGUGGCUGUCUGUAAGCCCCUGCACUACUCCACCAUCAUGACUCACUGGGUCUGUGUCCAGUUGGCUAUAGGAUCCUGGGCUAGCGGGGCAUUCGUGUCUCUGGUGGACACCACAUUCACAUUGCGUCUGCCCUACAGGGGAAACAAUAUCAUUAACCAUUUUUUUUGUGAACCUCCUGCCCUUCUGAAGUUGGCAUCAGCAGACACUUACAGCACAGAAAUGGCCAUCUUUGCCAUGGGCGUGGUGAUUCUCCUAGCUCCUGUCUCCCUCAUUCUUGUCUCCUACUGGAAUAUUAUCUCCACUGUGAUCCAGAUGCAGGCUGGAGAAGGGAGGCUCAAGGUCUUCUCAACAUGCGGCUCCCAUCUUAUUGUAGUUGUUCUCUUCUAUGGCUCAGCCAUCUUUGCCUACAUGAGGCCAAACUCCAAGAUAAUGAAUGAAAGAGACAAGAUGAUUUCUGUGUUCUACUCUGCAGUGACUCCAAUGUUGAACCCCAUUAUUUAUAGUCUGAGGAACAAAGAUGUCAAAGGGGCUCUCAGGAGAAUAACUGCAAGAUAA